AUGUUCUUUGUAUUUUUCAAUUUAUUGAGUAACGUUAUCUUCGUAAAAUGUUCCCUUGAUAUUACUAAUGCAGAACUAACCUAUUUAUCUCAACGUUUGACUUUAAACGAGUGUCGCCUCUUACUAACUACAUUGUAUGCAAAAUCUUACAAUACAUCAGAUAACUUGAUUUCGAUUCCCAAAUCUAUACCAAACAAGGCGACUUGUCUUAAACUUCUAUUAGAAUGGAAUCGUGGAGAUGCUGACUUAAGAGAUAAUGAAAAAUGUCAUCUUGAUGUGGCACAUAUAAUGCGUAAACUAAAAAGAGAUGAUCUAGCAGAUUGGUUAGAAAAAUCAGUAUUCAAAAACCUAGCUAAAGAUGUUAAUGAUACUUUGAAUAACGCUUUUAGAGCCGAUUCUGGAGGACAACUAAAGAAGAAAUUGUAUUUGGGAGAUAAAGUCAUUGAAAACGAACAUAAUUGGAGUGUAUUUGAAUACCUUCUGGCAUUAUUUCUCAUAAGUGUUGUAAUUAUAGUAAUGAUAAAUUUUUAUCGUUUAUUGACUCUUGUUUGUAGAAGAGACGAAAAGAAGAAGCCUGAUGAAGAAACAAUAGAUCUUCUCAGUCGAGGAUCGGAAAGCGACCAAGAAGUUGUAUUUGAUUAUAAUUUAAUUUAUAAAAGAGAUAAAAAGAUGACUGAAACUCUACAGAGUGAUUAA